AUGAUCGAAUUGUUCAUAUACAAACUUUUGGAGGUAAUGAAUAUUGGAGCCGUGAUUGAUUUCAUCCCAAAUCUGGUUUCAUCAAACAAAAUCGUAUAUAUUUGUGGCGAAGAGGUUUCUGGAUUCAGAACUUUGGCGAUGCUGGAGAAAGAGUGGGAUAAUUAUGAAUGUAAAAUUGUCAAGCAGAAAGAAGAAAUUUCGAAAGCCAUUAUCCAGAUAUCUUUGCUGGCUCAAAUUCUCGGAUUAGGUGAUCUGAAUGCCGAAAAUAUUGGAUUCAUCGAAAACACUUCUUCCUUAUAUAUUGUGGAUUUCCGAACAGAAUUCAUUGAUAGCUCGAUUGGAUUCGAAGAGAUCAAUCGUCCAAAAACCGCGUUGAGUUUGGUCGCCCAGCUGAAAAUGAAUUUAAGACGAUUUUUGGAUUUGGUUAAGGGAAUGACGUACGAGGAACAGCUCAGUAUUGGAAAGGAGUUUAUUGUUCAAUCUGGAAUUAGUUUGAAGUUGGAUGUAGCACUUGCAAAGCUGGACGAAGAUAAGGAAGUCUUCCGUCGAUCAGAUUUAUUAUUUAACAAAGGAACAGAGGCUCUGAAAGAAUAUAUCACUAUUGUUCGAGAAAAGAUAAUUCAAAUUCAUAAUUUAUGA